CUCGGAGGGCAGCUCCCUGCCGUGGCAGAAGCAGGGGCUGCCCCGCUGAGAGCACAAGCUGGCUCGGCGCCAGCCAGCCAGCCAGCCAGCCCGGCCCCUCCUGCCUUCGCCGCUGUGCUCGCGGGAAGAGGCUCUCGAUGAAGUUAGAUUUGAAGAGCCAGGAGUCAAGAUGGCAGCCUGCAUGGGGAAAGUAGCAGCAGGGCAAUGCCUCUGAACCAUCCUAGAAACAUGAGACACCUUCAGAUGGGUACAUUUAAAAAGUAGGUCAUCAAAACACCCCGUGGACAUUGAUGCUGACUGCAUUAAAAGAAGAAAGAAAAAAGAAACUGCACAUAAGAAUUUAUCUACACAUGAUCAGCAUCUGCAAAUUUCAACCAGGAAAAAUGUUUCAGUCAAAGUAGUCUGGGCUACACAAUGAGCAGAGAGCCUGGUUCUUCUCUUGUAUACGGUGGAGUAAAUCAUGAAUAAUUCAGUUAAAGUCAAUGGAGAGACAUUUGUCUGACUAUCCCAGAGACCACAAAACCAGUCACCAGAAGAAAGCAAACUUAUUGGCUUUAGACUACAAAGGCCAUGUUUAUGCGGGCUUCUUACCAGAUUGCAAACUACAGCACCUAUGGUACGGACUUUAUCAAUGUCACAUUUCUUAACUCAAAAAGUUCCAUGCUCUUUGUGGAAAUUGGGGCGACUCAAUCAUGUAGCAAUUGCGGUACCUGAUUUGGAGAAGGCCCAGUCUUUUUACAAGAGUGUUUUAGGAGCCCAGGUGAGUGAGACAGUUCCUCUUCCUGAACAUGGCGUCUACACUGUUUUUGUGGAGCUGGGAAACACAAAGCUGGAACUGCUGCACCCUCUGGGAGAAAAUAGUCCAAUUGCAGGCUUUCUGCAAAAAAACAAGGCUGGAGGAAUGCAUCAUAUCUGCAUUGAGGUUGAUGAUAUAAAAGCAGCUAUGGCAGAACUGACGGAAAAGAAGAUCCGAAUAUUGAGCGAAGAGCCCAAAAUAGGGGCGCAUGGCAAACCAGUGAUUUUUCUCCACCCUAAAGAUUGUGAUGGAGUCCUUGUAGAACUUGAGCAAGCCUGAGCUGUAAUCCUAAAAAAUGAAAUUAUGAACUAAUUGCAAACCCAAUGAGAUGGUGUUGGAAUUUGUAUUAUGCUUUGCACUGUGUAAAAGUCAUUGUACUUAAUUCUUUCUUGUUGAUUAAACACAUUACAGCUCUUAAGUUGUGAAAUGUGAAGAAAUAACACUACAUACAGGAGGAAGCUAAAGCACUGUUAACCCUCCUAGUCAUCUGGGGCUAUGACUUUUUUUUGUUUUGUUCAGACCUUCAAAAAUCAUACAUUUAAAUGUGUUUGGAUUCCAUUAGACUUUUGAAUUCAUGAGCUGAGGUACAUACACAAGAUAAAGUCAUUUAUUUUUUUUAUAUCAGUUUGUGGCAUAAUUUUUAUAUAUAGAUUUCUAGGUUACCUUAUAUCAUUUUGCUCUGUAUUACCCACUUCUAGAUGACAAGAAGAUGGCUUAGAUAUUCCUGUAAGAAAGAAGUCUACAAGAGAACAUUGUAUUUUCUGUCUCCAUCAUUAUAAGCAUUAUCUGAGCUCCAUAUUGAUUGGUUCAUUCAGUUAUAGGAUCCUUGUGUUAUUGUAUGGAUGUCUGCGAUUGCUAAGCAACAGUUCUCUACCAUAACAAUUGCUGCCAAGAAAACUGUUGUGUCUAAGUCACCAUUUUGUAGCUUUAUGUAUUACAUGUGUAUGGGGGGAAAAAUUGUUUUAAAUAUACUGUGAUUAUCAAAUGCUUAUUUUGUUUUAUAGUUUUAUCAGCAGAUAUAUCUUUGAUUUUUAAAUUUAGCUCAUACUGAUUUAUUCUGUUUUCUUCCUAAUUGAUCUUGAAUGCCUGAACUGAAACCUGACUAUUAGGAAAAUAUCUGGGACAUACCCAAAAAAGGCUAAUGACUAAUAUUUUAAUUUAUAUUUUGUUUUCCUGUACAAAAACAUUUUCAGGUGAUAUCUAUCUUAUUAAAAUUUGUAUGAAUUUUUAUUUUACCAAGAGAUAAAUAAAGCCAUCUAGGUCCUGAUGCUGCAAAUACUAACUUUACAUCGGAGAUUAGUUCUGCUGAAGUCAGUGAGACUACUCAUGUUUGAGUGUUUGCUAGAUUGGGACCAUAGUUUAUAAGUGGCCAAAUCCUGUUCACUUUAUUCACGAGAAGGCUCUUCUUCACUUUAAUGAAGCUAAUCACAUGAGUAACAUGAACACCAUUUGGCCCAAUCUCUUCUUUUACAUUUUGGGAGGGCAUCUACAGCAGAAAUAGAAAUUGCAUAUUUGAAGGCCACAUCCUUAAAUGCUAAAUAAUAAACUCUUUAAAGGAUUUAUAGAUAAUUAGAUUAUUCUGUAUUUUAUAGGAUAAAGCAUAUUUCUGAAUUUCACUCUUAGAGCUCUGGAUACAAUUAGAGGAAGUGUUUCAUCCUUUUAGGAACAGGUUAUUUUUUUAUCCAGUUUUAAUCCAUAAUAAUUGGGCACUAGUGUAGAAGUUAAAUAAUUUGUACGUUAUUUCCUGUUUGCUACAAUAAAAACAGAUACGAGUCCUGAGUCAGAUUUGAUCAGGACUUUGAAGAUCCUGAAAGCCUGUGGGUGGUCUUCUGCCACAAGAACCUUAAUAAUGCAAGAAAUCUUGUUAUACAUUUAAAGGUGUUAACUUUG